AUGCUCACCAUGGGGACACCUACCAGGAGGAAAUCACACUUGCUAAUGCUGGCUGCUGUAGCCCUUGUCUCCACUCCAGCUUGGAGCUCAGCCUGGGGAUCCCCGGCCACCUUUGGGCCUGUCUUUGAAGACCAGCCCCUCGGUCUGCUAUUCCCAGAGGAGUCCACAGAGGAGAAGGUGACACUGGCAUGCCGUGCCCGGGCCAGCCCUCCGGCCACCUACAGGUGGAAGAUGAAUGGCACCGAGAUGAAGCUGGAGCCAGGCUCCCGCCACCAGCUGGUCGGGGGCAACCUGGUCAUCAUGAACCCCACCAAAGCCCAGGACGCCGGCGUCUACCAGUGCCUGGCCUCCAACCCAGUGGGCACCGUUGUCAGCAGGGAGGCUGUCCUCCGCUUUGGCUUCCUGCAGGAAUUCUCCAAGGAGGAGCGAGACCCAGUGAAAACCCACGAAGGUUGGGGUGUGAUGUUUCCCUGUAACCCACCCGCCCACUACCCAGGCUUGUCCUACCGCUGGCUCCUCAACGAGUUCCCCAACUUCAUCCCUACGGAUGGGCGUCACUUCGUGUCCCAGACCACAGGGAACCUGUACAUUGCCCGGACCAAUGCCUCAGACUUGGGCAACUACUCCUGCCUGGCCACAAGCCACAUGGAUUUCUCCACCAAGAGCGUCUUCAGCAAGUUUGCUCAGCUCAACCUGGCUGCCGAAGACACCAGGCUCUUUGCCCCCAGCAUCAAGGCCCGGUUCCCAGCGGAGACCUAUGCGCUGGUGGGGCAGCAGGUCACCCUGGAGUGCUUCGCCUUUGGAAACCCCGUCCCCAGGAUCAAGUGGCGCAAAGUGGAUGGCUCCUUGUCCCCACAGUGGGCCACAGCCGAGCCCACCCUGCAGAUCCCCAGCGUAGGCUUUGAGGACGAAGGCACCUACGAGUGUGAGGCGGAGAACUCCAAGGGCCGCGACACCGUCCAGGGCCGCAUCAUCGUGCAGGCUCAGCCCGAGUGGCUCAAGGUGAUCUCAGACAUGGAGGCUGACAUCGGUUCCAACCUGCACUGGGAAUGCGCAGCCGCGGGCAAGCCCCGGCCCACAGUGCGCUGGCUUCGUGAUGGGGAUCCUCUGGCCUCCCAGGCCCGGAUAGAAGUGCUGGCCGGGGACUUGCGAUUCUCCAAGCUGAGCCUGGAGGACUCAGGCAUGUACCAGUGUGUGGCGGAGAACAAGCACGGCACCAUCUACGCCAGUGCCGAGCUGGCCGUGCAAGCACUUGCCCCCGACUUUAGGCUGAAUCCUGUAAGGCGUCUGAUCCCCGCAGCCCGAGGGGGAGAGAUCGUUAUCCCCUGUCAGCCCAGGGCAGCUCCGAAGGCCGUGGUGUUCUGGAGCAAAGGCACUGAGAUUUUGGUCAACAACAGCAGAGUGACUGUAACUCCGGAUGGCACCUUGAUCAUAAGAAACAUCAGUCGGUCAGAUGAAGGCAAAUAUACCUGCUUUGCUGAGAAUUUCAUGGGCAAAGCCAACAGCACGGGCAUUCUGUCUGUGCGAGAUGCAACCAAGAUCACUCUAGCCCCCUCGAGUGCCGACAUCAACUCGGGAGAUAACCUGACCCUGCAGUGCCACGCCUCCCACGACCCCACCAUGGACCUCACCUUCAUCUGGACCCUGGACGACUUCCCCAUCGAUUUCGACAAGCCUGGGAGUCACUACCGAAGGGCCAGUGUGAAGGAGACGGUUGGGGAUCUGACCAUCCUGAACGCCCAGCUGCGCCACGGUGGGAAGUACACGUGCAUGGCCCAGACGGUGGUGGACAGUGCAUCUAAGGAGGCCACAGUCCUGGUCCGAGGUCCGCCAGGUCCCCCAGGAGGCGUGGUUGUGAGAGACAUCGGUGACACCACUGUCCAGCUCAGCUGGAGCCGUGGCUUUGACAACCACAGCCCCAUUGCCAAGUACACCCUGCAAGCUCGCACUCUACCUGCAGGGAAGUGGAAGCAGGUUCGGACCAAUCCCGCCAACAUCGAGGGCAACGCUGAGACCGCCCAGGUGCUGGGCCUCACGCCCUGGAUGGACCAUGAGUUCCGGGUCUUAGCCAGCAACAUCCUGGGCACUGGGGAGCCCAGCGGGCCGUCCAGCAAAAUCCGGACCAAGGAAGCAGCCCCCUCGGUGGCACCCUCAGGUCUCAGAGGAGGUGGUGGAGCCCCUGGAGAGCUCAUUGUCAACUGGACGCCCAUGUCCCGGGAGUACCAGAACGGAGACGGCUUCGGCUACCUGCUGUCCUUCCGCAGGCAGGGCAGCACUAGCUGGCAGACCGCGCGGGUGCCCGGCGCCGAUGCCCAGUACUUCGUCUACAGCAACGAGAGCGUCCGGCCUUACACGCCCUUUGAGGUCAAGAUCCGCAGCUACAACCACCGCGGGGAUGGGCCUGAGAGCCUCACCGCGAUUGUGUACUCAGCUGAGGAAGAGCCCAGGGUGGCCCCUACCAAGGUCUGGGCCAAAGGGGUCUCAUCCUCAGAGAUGAACGUGACCUGGGAACCGGUGCGGCAGGACAUGAAUGGUAUCCUCCUGGGGUACGAGAUCCGCUACUGGAAAGCCGGGGACAAAGAAGCAGCUGCUGACCGAGUGAGGACAGCAGGGCUAGACACCAGUGCCCUAGUCACCGGCCUACACUACAACACCAAGUACCACGUGACUGUGCGGGCCUACAACCGGGCCGGCACUGGGCCUGCCAGCCCUUCCGCCAAUGCCACGACCGUGAAGCCCCCUCCACGGCGACCCCCUGGCAACAUCUCCUGGACUUUUUCGAGCUCCAGUCUUAGAAUUAAGUGGGACCCUGUGGUCCCGCUCCGAAAUGAGUCUGCAGUCACAGGCUAUAAGAUGCUGUACCAGAACGACUUACACCCGACUCCCAUGCUCCACCUCACCAGCAAGAAUUGGAUAGAAAUUGCGGUUCCUGAAGACACUGGCCAUGCCCUGGUGCAGAUUCGGACCACAGGGCCAGGGGGGGACGGGGUCCCGGCAGAAGUCCACAUCGUGAGGAAUGGAGGCACAAGCAUGAUGGUGGAGAACUCGGCAGUCUGUCCAGUCCCACAUCCUGGCACCGUCCUCUGUCACUCCGUGGCGACACUGAUCCUCAUAGGCUACCUGGAGCUCUGAUCUCGGCACCCCUCCCUCUC